AUGUGGGAGCGGGGCAACAGAAACCGAGGCGGCGUUGCUGAGGAAACUGUGGUCGCAGGCAGCAGCACAGGUCCUGGCACGAAGGAGGGUGCCCAGGAGAGAGCGACAGAGAAGGAGCUGGAGCCCAAGGGGCCGCUGUGCGAGGUGCCCUGUCUGGGGUGCGUGCAGCGCAACCUUGAGUGCUGUGCACAGCUUGUUAAAGGGGCCCAGACGUGCUGGGAGUGCAAGCAGCAACAUGUCCACUGCGGGACUGGUGUUGGUGGAGGCGCGGCGCGCGCGGCGCUGCCGGCAAGCACAGAGCCUUCAGUGGCGACCGCGCUUGGAGAACUGGCCGCACAGGUCUUUGACUUGUCGGUCAGUAGUCUCUCCGGGUCGGAGGCGUUGGUCCGCCUUGAGGCGAAACUUGAUAUGCUGACGCAUCAGGCAGCAUGGAUCGUGGAAGAGUUGACUGUGGGGGAGCGCGCGUCGAAGGUGGAUUGGGCAAGGCCGUUGGAGGCAGCGGCUUCGACGAGUGAGGACAACACCGAGGGCGGGAUGGAGGUUGAUGGAGCGAAGGCUCCGUCCACAGGUGACACAAGGGCGGAUACGACGGACGCGGAGGAGGAAGAACCAGUGGUUGGGAAGGGAAAAGGGAAAAUGAGGGAGGAGAGCAGCGACGAGGAGGGAAGCGAGGGGGAGGAGAGCAGCAAGGAGGAGUGA